CUCUCCUGCUAUUACCUCCCCUACCUUUGGAAUCAUCAGAAUAUUAAUAAGAGACUGCUUAGACAAACGCCAGCCAAGGUCGUCUCUAACUCUACAAUAUCCAACUAUUGCUCCAAGAGUUGGCUCAAGAAAGGAGACAGAUAACAUGAACGACACAAAUUUACUGUGGACUGGGUCACCGACGGAUCUCUGACAGUGAGACGGAGACUGCGGCCGUCACCACCAUGACCACAGGCAGCACUGGCUCAAUCUCAGGCAUAUAUCUGACUUGAUUUAUGGUGCUGUGGUCGUUAUAUGCUGCUAUUCUCGCAGUGCGCUCAGACAAGUACUGCAUCAAUCAGGGUAUAGUGCUUUGGGAUAGUCAGCAACUUACAAACAACGGGUGUCAUGGCCGCACAGUGCCCGUAGAUAUCGGGUACCUGACACCGCACGAAGUCUGCCAUCAUCAGCUGCACUGCACCUCAAGUUCACUGACCGUUUCGACUCCAACUCCCUCAGCCGAUACUUCAACCAUCCACCCACCCAUAACGCAGCCCAUAACUUUCAGAGCAGCAUUCGCGGGAGUAAGCUUGAGCUGAUCGUAGACCAAAACGAACACUUGCAGCACCAAGCACUACCGUGCCGUGCCGUUCGACACUCACAAUCAUCAUCCUCCGACAGUGUGCAGUGUGCUUUCGUCAGCUUCUCGAAUCUCCUCGAAUGAAAGUGCCAGGUUGAAGUUGCAGGACAUCAUCCGACGGUCGGCCAAGGGCACCUUGAGCUGCUGGCGUCACUGGCACACCUCGAGUAAGAUUGGUCAGCAUCUCGAAAGCAUCGCGAUUCCCACCGCCGCGUGCCUGUGAUUUCCUGCGCCCACAACCUGCGGGCAUUACAGUAAUUGGACUGCCAUCUCGUCUGGCCCUACAGCAUCCCUCUACUACCACUACCACUCGUCAAUCGAGUCCAGUAGCAUCGUCACCAGGCCAUCGAGCCAUCGCCAUCGAUCCUCAGCUGCACUGCAUCUAUCCACGACGGGCUGACCUGCUCAGCAUUAUUACAAAGUACUCACACCCAAACUCAGCCCUGACUGUGUCGCUGCCACCGAACCACGACGCGGGAAGCCCAAGCCACAAGAGAAAAGCUUGCAGACCCUCUUCCACCGCCUGUCAUCUGAGUCCUCCCACACAUCUUGAACCGCCACGACCACCACAACUUGGAACUCCAACCAACACAAACGCACUGCCACCGCCCGUCGUCCGCCGCCCUCGGGCCCCUGUCCUCUGUCCCCUGCCCCUCGGCACUGGCACUCCAGCACCACUACCAGUAGCAGUGCCAACUCGUGCUUCCAAAAAGGUCCAGCAAACUCGGUGCCUCUUGAUCGCAAAUCCCUUACGAACCAGAUUCCAUCACUGCACUGCAUAAGCCAUCCGCGCCGCCUUCCACGAUUUACCGCACACACACCUCGCACUCCCCAGAUUCUGGCCAAUUUUAUCUCCUUGCCACACCUAAGCUAUCCUUAGCAGCACGUUCCUCUUCCUCCUGCCAAACAACACCAAAAGCCCUCCGAGAUUCUAGGAGGAUACAAAGAAUAAAAUCACCACCUACGCGCUCUACAUAUCCUGCAGCAUCGCUCUCUACCAAUCUCCCCUGCACUGUUCCACAAGACACCAUACCGUAUCUACCGCCACUAGUUGUCUAGAGAUACCCCAGGGGCUGCUUGCCCAACUCCCAUACCCCCCGCCUCUUCCCGCCAUUCACAUGAAUCGCUCAGACACCCCUACCCAAAUCACAUCGCCCUCGCCUUCGGUAGCUCGUUCGACAGGUUCACAGGAUGAUGCAGCUUCGGUAACACGACUGGCGGAGGACACGGGUCGCCUUUCGGUGAAUGGCGCCGCCGUGUCCACCGCUGCCCCCUCGUCUGUGCAACCGGCUGCGCCUGCAAAGAAGCCCAAAAUGACGUCUCGUCUCACCCGAAUGUUCUCUCGGCAGGACCAGAGCCAGAAGGAUGUCAUCACUUCCAGAGAAGUGUCGAAAGAGGCCUCUCCCGAUGCUCGUCCUGAGAACGCCAACGGUAACCCGUCUAGGCCUGCGCCAGGCAGACAAUCUUCUGCCGACCAAAAGGACGGCAGGAAAAUGACCAUACUGGGAGUUGCCAAGGAGAAAAACAAAGGCGAAGUUCAAUCCGACGGGACCUAUGCUACCUACAAGCGCUUUGAAAUGGCAGAAGAUGGCUCUCACACACAUCAUCUCAAGUCGGCGAAGCGGCAGGAGAAGUUAUCCGACAUGCUCCGCGAUUUCCUCGGCGGCGGUAAGAAAAGAGAUCAAGAUGGUGGUGACCAGCAGCUCUCGCUCAUGUCAUCGUGGGUUGAUCAGCUGAGGUCCGAACGAGACAGCCUGGCCAGUGAAAAGAAGGGUGGUCCCAAUGCGUCAGCAAAUCUGGUCGAGAAAUAUGGCAAGUGUCAGGAAAUCGUCGGUCGAGGCGCGUUCGGCAUUGUCAGAAUAUCACACAAACCCGAUCCCAACUCGACUGGCGGAGAACUACUUUACGCUGUCAAGGAGUUUCGGCGUCGCCCACAAGAAACCUCAAAGAAAUAUCAGAAACGCCUGACCAGCGAGUUUUGCAUCUCGUCCUCCCUCCGGCAUCCUAACGUCAUUCACACGCUUGACCUUCUUCAAGACGCCAAGGGCGAUUACUGCGAAGUGAUGGAAUAUUGCGCUGGCGGAGACCUCUACACCCUUAUCCUGGCCGCCGGUACUCUUCAGGUGGCCGAAGCCGACUGCUUCUUCAAGCAGCUAAUGCGCGGUGUCGAAUACAUGCACGAAAUGGGCGUGGCGCAUCGAGACCUCAAACCCGAAAAUCUUCUGUUGACCACCCAUGGUGCACUGAAAAUUACCGACUUUGGGAAUGGCGAGUGUUUUCGGAUGGCUUGGGAGAAAGAGGCCCACAUGACAGCCGGCCUCUGCGGCAGUGCUCCUUAUAUCGCUCCAGAAGAAUACCAAGGGGGUGAAUUCGAUCCUCGAGCUGUCGAUGUCUGGGCUUGCGGAGUCAUCUACAUGGCCAUGCGGACCGGACGGCAUCUUUGGAGAGUCGCCCGUAAAGAGGAAGACGAGUUCUACGAACGGUAUCUAGAAGGCCGAAGAGACGAAGACGGGUACGCCCCGAUCGAGACUUUACACAGGGCGCGCUGUCGAAAUGUCAUCUAUUCCAUCCUCGAUCCCAAUCCUAGCCGUCGCAUCACCGCCUCGCAAGUCCUGAAGUCGGAAUGGGGCAGAGAGAUUAAAGUGUGCAAAGCCGGCGAGGAGGGUUAUUAGCCCUUGUACCCCAUUUUCCGUUUGCGAGGCGCUACGGUUCGCCUUAUGUAUGUCCGUUCUGCCCACAAGGAUACUAUACGACUCGACGCACCCACUCGUGCUACCGGUCACGAGUACGACUCUAAUGAAGCGAUUUCUCCCAAAAGUGAGCGCAAAGACCAGGUUUGGCUCAGAUAUUGCAUUACAAUCUUCGACACUCGGAAGGAUACACGUGUGAUCACGAGAGGCCGAUUCAUGCGGCAUUCGAUUGAUUCUAUGUGAGAUUCCUGGCAGGCAAUCUUCUCUUACCUGGAAAGACCGGUCCUUGGCCUGUCGUUCCUAUCACGCCACGUCUGACGACUCGAUUCUGCAUUCUUUACAGCCGCAAAAGCGACUUCUGCCUGUUCACUCGCUGUCCCGUUUAUUUACGCCUGUUGCAUGCAAGCAUCUGGAAGGUCUGUACUUGUUGGGUACGAGCGGAAGGCGGGUACGGGUUUCAUCAACCACAGUGGUCCAUUUUCCCAACCUACAAUCAGAGCCUCUGGCCUGCCUCAGCCGGUCAGCAGUAUGUUGGUCUUGGGUACUUCACUUCGGAGUUGCACCCACAGUUCCAGGACAGGCUUGAACAGAAGACCAGCUAAUGAGUGCCCUGAGCGACCACACGAAGCAUAUUAUAUGUACCUGUGCAGGACGGGAUGCUGUUUUGAUAUUUUAUUGACCAUAAUUGAUAUUUCUCUUCACAUAUUCCAUAUACUACUAGUAUGACAUGACAUGACGAGCGUUGUUAUGGCGCUUCUGAGGGUUGAGAAAUGUCAUGUGGUGUUUCAGCUUGCCUGUUUUCUUGAAGAUCUCUACCUUUUUUUAUCCUUUGACCCUACGUUUCACGAAAUGCUAUGGCAUGAUUUGGGCGCCGGGUUGGCCUAUCGUAUUAUUGCAUGGCAGUUGAGGCCCGAUGGAGGCACUUUCAGUGCAGCAGCAACAACAGCGGAGAUUUCCAAUUUUUAUUGAUCUGAGAAUCUCAAUUUCAAUUCGAAAUUCAUUUUCCAUGUCCAUAUCCACAUCCGUAGCCAAAGCCAAACCAGCUCAUACUAAGGGAGAUAAUAGUACUACUACUUGCA